ACCUUUCCCCCUCCGUUUCUGUUUGCGUUCAUACAUCUCCUUGACCCUCUUACUCUCUUCGCUUGUGGUUCACUACCGUCACGGCUUCCUAUAUUCACUUUCGUCUGCUUUUCGAGCACCCUUCUUUCAUAUGUGCCCCCCCUUCCCCCAUUAUGCUACCGUAACGUGCGACAUGAAACCAAAUGGACUUUAUUCUUCUUAUCUUCUCGAGCCCUUGCAUGAGCUUCCGUUCGAUGCUCCCUUCCAAGGUCUGCUCACUACGCCUGGACACAUGCUUCACGCGUCGUCGUUAGGCCUUUACGACGACACAUUUACCAAUGAACGGAAUUUCCCUUCUACGCCCUCUCCUGUAAACCCUUACCUCAUAUCCGGGUAUCUACAUCAUCGUGGAGAAGAUCGACCCCCUGCUCCCCUUUUGAAGGAUUUGGAUUCCUUCUCAGAGGGCACCGCUAUCGGAAGCUUCAAUUUUAGCGACACCUCGGAGCAGGAUGCUGGGCUACGUUCCCUCGCUUUUUCUCCCAGCCAUCCUCGACGCUCCAUCGAGAUUUGGCGUAACGAUGUUUUCCUAUGUUUGGCCUUCGGGAAAGCAAAUGCCCUUUAUUCCAUAGAUGACUGUCCUCCCGUCGUAAACUCCCAGGGACCGGCGACCAAACGUCGACGUGUCUCGAUAUUGGAACUCAUUGACAGACCGUCGUUUGAAACCCCCCCUUUACGAGCUGUCGUUCCGUCAACACUGCUUCAUGUUGAUAGACAAAAUGUUGACAUCUAUCAGUACUCAUUAGGUCAGGACAUUUCUAGAUCAUCUUCUGCUCCCCCCAUGUGACGUGUAUCAUGGAGACAUCCCUCUCAUACCCUCACAACUUAUGUUAGCUCUCGUCUCCUUCCUCUCUCCCUUCCUCUCUCCGCUCUCUAAGAAGAUCUCGGCUUUCUUAAUCCACGAAUCGCAGGAUUGAAGACUCUUGUAUCCAUAACACAUCUUCUGAACUCACUACCUUGUUGUACGUUACAACUGUCUUUGCCGCUCGAAUGAAGACGCUUGUUCGAUUAUAUUUCAAUUCG